UCGCCAGCACUGUUUCGUUUCCACAAUAACAUCCGCGGUUGGUUUUUGGACGUAAAAAUUAUUCUUAAAUCAACACCACCCCCUUUGUGAAAACAACAAGCAUCUGACUGGGCUCACCUAAUUUCGAUACAGUUAAAGCUAAAAAGUUGUGACAGAAAUUUCUUCAAGUUGUGGAGCGGAGUGGAAACGCAGCAUUACGCACACACGGGCGUAAAUACAUAUGCAGUGCGUACAUAUAGACGACGAUAAUCCCACAUCACAUGAUGCGAAGAGCUAAGCUUAGCUGAACUUCAAUAAAUAAAAAAAGAGAACAGUCCAAAUAACAAUCCAACGACAACGAGAAAAUCCAAUGUUAAAUAAUAUCACAAAAACGCAUAAACCGCCCUGAGGAAGGAGGAGAGGACCUUUAAACUCUCCUAACUUCUUUUAUUUUUUUUUUGUUUAUUGUUAUUUUUUUUUUGUUUUGUUUUGAGAACGUGCCUUCUUUUUUUUGGCGUGCAACACUUUUUUCGCGUCUCUGUGGAAAAGUUUUGCAUCGUUUCAAAAAAAAAGAUACACGUCGACACAUACGGCCGCUAAGAUUCCAAAACCCACGGGUACUAAACUGCAGCGUCUCAAAGCCAAGGCGGCUGCCAGUCAACAUUACGGCGGUGGCAAUCAUCACAAGUCCGGGAGCAGCAGCAGCAGCAGCAACACCAACAGUAGAGGCGUCGACAUAAAUUUUGGAACUCAAGGCGUGUACAACUAUCAGCGCGGUGGCGCUGCCGAGGAGCGUAGCUUUGCUCCGACGUCGGCGUUGGCGGCGGGAGCGGUUGCAGCAGCCACAGGUUCAGCCACAGAUGUUGGACAGAAGUCAUAUCAAUACAACAGCAACAACAACAAUUAUCAAAAGUCAAGCCACACCAGUGCCAAUUACAACAAUAAUAAUAAUAAUCAAGAAACCUCAACAAACCUGCCUUAUCAGCCACAUCAGCCUCCACAACAGCAGCACAACCACACGAUGAUGAUGACCAAACAAAAGAACACGCUGGCCGAACGCCUCAACAUCGGGGACGAGGUGCGCGAGCUGAAGCUGGGCUCCACCUUCAAUCCGAAGAACACCUCCACCGCAUUUCACACAAUCAAAUAUGACUUCAAGCCAGCUAGUGUGGAUACGAGCCGUAUGGCAACAGUGGAUGUUGGCUCAAAUAAUCAAGUUACUGUUAUCGUGCCAAAUUCAGAAAGUUCCGGUGUGCCUCAUACAGUUUAUAAGGGUAAUCAGAGAGAGUAUGCGAAGGAAUGCUUGAUGAUCUACGACAAGGAGACGGGUGCUAUCACGAUUGAGAAGCUAAAUCAUAACAUACAAGUGAAGAAGACAAGAACCGAAGUUACCAACAAACCAGUACAGCUGCCGGCACAGAGUGUGCCCAUGAACAUGGGCCACCAAGGACAGGUCCUAGGCACGAACGGAUCCGUGCCCCCACCCAUGGCCCAAUUGGCACAAGGGCCUUUGUCCGGGCCCGGAGGCAAACUGGAGAACAGCACCAUGCGGGUUUCAUCGAAGACAAAGGUCUCAACGGGCAGUCGUCGGAAUAAUAUAAUUGACUUCAAGCCGCGCAAUUCGCCCAUGCAGCAGAGCUCCCCUUCGCGACCAGUGGUCACCCAUCGGAGUCCGCAGUCCGCGCCAGCUUGGGAUGCAAACAAUGCCCAACAAACGUUGCCCAGCAUUCCCAUGAUAACGGACGAUGACGACUUUGGAUUGAGGGCCGCUUUGCACAAUGGCGGUCAGGCGAAUAUCUCCGGUUCCUCGACAGGCUCGUCGUCAGGCCAGCCCGACCUAUAUGGAUCCUCGUCUUCGUCGCACAUGGGGAAACAGCGGCAGGCUCAUGGCAAGCGUCAGCAGAUGCAUCAACGUUCCAGUCCACCCAUGCAACAACAGCCACACUACCAACAGCAACAGCAGCCGAACUACGGGCGGGCCUAUAAUGGCGCCAGUAACUACGCACAACAACAGCAACCACAGCCCCAGCAACAACGACACUCUCCGCACCAACAGCCGCAUCAGCAGCAGCAUCAGCGGCACUCCCCACAGCAGCAGCAACAGCGGCACUCUCCACAGCAGUUGCAACAGCAACGCCCCACGUCUUACGGGCAUAGCAAUAAUAUGCCCAUGGACUUGGACUCAUCCAGAGAACAUGAUCUGGCCUCACAGUCUGUUGCGCAAGCGGCUGCCGCUCUCGAACAGCAAAUUGGCGGUGCUCUAAGUACCUCUAGCUCCAGUUCCGAAUCGGAUUCCAGCGACAGUGAUAGCGGCAGCGACUCCGAUGACAGCACCGAGGAUGAUCGUUCUAUGAAAGAGCAGCAAGAACAACAGCAGCAGCAGCAGCUGCUGCAGCAUCAACAACUGCAGCUUCAGCAGCUGCAGCAUCAGCAGAUCCAACAGCCAGCCCCACACCAUCAACGCCAUCAACAGCAACAGUCCCAACAGCACAUGAAUCAGCUGCCCAACCUGGGCUUGGGUUCCAUAUCACCAUCCUACAACAACCAUCAUCACCACCAGCAGCCGCAGCCGCAGCAGCAACAAAUGUCCGGCGCGUAUGCGUCCAAUGGUGGCUUUCCAAAUGACUUGCUGCAAAACGAUCUGCAGUUGUCCUCCAAUUCGUCCGACGAUGACGAUUAGCUGCAUUUAAGUUUCCAUAUAAUUUACCUUUUUUGACUAACAAAAAACAAAACAAAAACUAAAAGAAAAACAACAUCAAUUGAUAUUCUGUCUAUAUGCGUGUAAUUAAGAUGUAAUUAUUGAGGAGAGAAUUUAAUUGCUAGUGAAAUUUUUUAUAAAUAAAUUCUUAGUUCUAUAUACCACGAUAUACACGAGCAUACAUAUAUUAAUUAAUUUUUAACACUAUACUUAGAACUUCCAAAUGUGCGGAAAACAUUCAAUACGAACACAAUACAACACAACGCAAACACUACUUUGCCAAUACAUAUUUCAAUGUAUGUACAUUAAUUUUAAAUACGAAAUCUAAUACAAAGGUUAUGUGAAAUUGGUUGGGAGUGGAGUCCUAAGGGAGUCCUACUCGUACACCAACAAGAACUACAACACAAUUACAACAAGAAACGAAGGGAAACUACAAGAAUUAUUUAGUUUCUAAUGCAAAUGCUGCAAAGCUUAAUCUUAAUUGUUAAGUUACCGACAAACAUACAUACUGCAAACAUAGAACAGAACAUGACCACAGCGGAUUUUUGCCAUUAAUUACGCAUUUUAAUCUAAGCCUUAAAUCAUUCGGAUACCAAAAGUGAAAAAAAAUUUCAUGCAGAUUAGAUUUGGAAAUGGAAAUGGAGACCCUUAUUUGAAAUACCUUUUGUUUGGCUCAUUUUUUAGUCAUAUGUAUUUAAUUAUGUAAUUCUCCAUUAAUCUGGGCAUUUUUAUGGAAGCGAUAAUCCCUAUAUGUUGCUGGAUAAAUUUAAAUUGACUUGUUUGCUAUUGCCCUCUUAUCUUUAUUAGUUAACUAUUCGCGCGGUAUGAAGACAUAUGUGUUUUUAGCUCAUGUUUUAUUUGAAUUUAUUUGUAGUUCUUUAAUUAAUUUUUAAUAGCUAUUAUUAUGAUUUUGUUAUUUGCUUGCAAUAGUUUAAAGCAAUGAGAAAAGAAAUAAAUGUGAAACAAAAAAGAC